AAUCGAAUAUAAUUGUAAAAAAAGAAGUAUUAAAAUGUUGGAUUGAGUUAGGGUGGGUCCCUCCAGGGGCAGUGAGUUAUGAAAUCAAAGUAGAAUAGAAUCUCAUCAACAACCUAUGCUAUGCACGUUCAUCUUCAACUUCAAGUGUGGACCCCACCUCACCCUCCCUCCCUCCUUCCUCGUCUCGUCCUCGCACCAAGCGUGACUUUUACUUCAUGGAAAUGGAAUUCCCAAUUUUCCUAUUUUGAAUUUCUCUAAUUAACAUUGACUCCACUCACUGUCCCUACAAAACUCCACUCAUUCUCUUCAUCACAUGCUUCCUUUUCCAUUUCCAUUCCCACCUUUUCAUCCCCCCCUCUCUCUCUAGAACUAGAAUGGCUGCUGUUCAUUGUUUGCUCUCUCUCUUCCUUCCCAUCCUCCUCUCCUUCUCCCCAGCUCUCUCCACCAACUCUGAAGGAAACGCGCUGCAUGCUUUGAGAAGCAGACUUUCAGACCCCACAAAUGUUCUACAGAGUUGGGAUCCAACUCUUGUGAAUCCUUGUACUUGGUUUCAUGUCACCUGCGAUUCCGACAACCACGUUGUUCGCUUGGACUUGGGCAAUUCCAACAUUACUGGGAGUUUGGGGCCGGAGCUAGGUCAACUCAGGCACCUGCAGUAUUUGGAACUUUAUAAAAAUAACAUAGUUGGGAAAAUCCCCAAGGAGUUGGGCAAUUUGGGAAAGCUGAUUAGCAUGGAUCUCUACGGAAACAAAUUCCAAGGGAAUAUUCCCAAGUCCUUUGCCAACUUGAAGUCUCUUCGAUUUUUAAGGUUAAAUGAUAACAAGCUAAGUGGAUCAAUACCGCGGGAACUCACCACUCUGUCCAGCCUCAAAGUCUUUGAUGUCUCAAAUAAUGAUCUUUGUGGAACAAUACCGGUUGAUGGCCCGUUUGAGGCUUUUCCCAUGGGAAGUUUUGCUAACAACAGACUCAACGGGCCGGAGUUGAAGGGAUUGGUGGCUUAUGACUUUGGAUGCUGAAGGGAGAGGAAGAAACAUAACUUUGUGUAAGCUAAGGAAGAUUAUAGGAGAAAACAAAGUGGGUGUUUGCUUGGUUUUAAGUUAAUGUUGCUGCUACAGCCUACAUGUAUUGCCUAUUUGUAAUACAAACUAUAUAUUACAGCUUAAGUUAUGGAGCAAAAAUAGGUUAAUAGAGAA